UCCGCGGAUGGAUACGGCUGUACACUGAAACCCAUGUGUAUAAAUAUUCGUUGUGCACCAUAAGGAAGUUCCUUUCCUUUUUCCUGCGUCAGAGAGCACAGGGGACAACACUUUUGUUGCAUUUUAUUCAAGAAACGUAAACGGAAUUAACAAGAUGCCUGAAGAAAUGCACCAAGAGGAGGAGGCUGAGACCUUUGCCUUCCAGGCAGAGAUCGCACAGCUGAUGUCCCUGAUCAUCAACACCUUCUAUUCCAACAAAGAGAUCUUCCUCAGGGAGCUGAUCUCAAAUGCCUCUGAUGCUUUGGACAAAAUCCGCUACGAAAGCUUGACUGACCCAUCUAAGUUAGAUAGCGGCAAGGAUCUGAAAAUUGACAUCAUCCCAAACAAAGAUGACCGCACUCUGACCCUUGUCGACACUGGAAUCGGCAUGACCAAAGCUGACCUGAUCAACAACCUGGGUACCAUUGCCAAAUCUGGUACAAAGGCCUUCAUGGAGGCCCUGCAGGCUGGUGCUGAUAUCUCCAUGAUUGGCCAGUUUGGUGUGGGUUUUUACUCCGCCUACCUUGUUGCUGAGAGGGUGGUAGUCAUCACCAAGCACAAUGAUGAUGAGCAGUAUGCUUGGGAGUCAUCUGCUGGAGGUUCUUUUACAGUCAAGGUUGACAAUGGUGAACCCAUUGGCCGUGGAACAAAGAUUGUCCUGUACCUAAAGGAGGAUCAGACGGAGUACAUUGAGGAGAAGCGGGUCAAAGAGAUUGUCAAGAAGCACUCUCAGUUCAUCGGUUAUCCCAUCACUCUGUUUGUGGAGAAGGAGCGCGACAAGGAGAUCAGCGACGAUGAGGCAGAGGAGGAAAAGGCAGAGAAGGAAGAGAAAGAAGAGGGUGAGGACAAGCCAAAGAUCGAGGAUGUGGGCUCAGAUGAUGAAGAGGACUCUAAAGACAAGGACAAGAAGAAGAAAAAGAAGAUCAAGGAGAAGUACAUCGAUCAGGAAGAGCUGAACAAAACUAAGCCCAUCUGGACCAGGAACCCAGACGACAUCACAAAUGAGGAGUAUGGCGAGUUCUACAAGAGUCUGACCAAUGACUGGGAGGAUCACCUGGCAGUCAAGCACUUCUCAGUGGAAGGCCAGCUGGAGUUCAGGGCCCUGCUGUUUAUUCCGCGCCGCGCACCUUUCGACCUCUUUGAGAACAAGAAGAAGAAGAACAACAUCAAGCUGUAUGUCAGGAGAGUCUUCAUCAUGGACAACUGUGAAGAGCUCAUCCCAGAGUACCUCAACUUCAUUCGUGGUGUUGUGGACUCAGAAGAUCUGCCCCUCAACAUCUCAAGAGAAAUGCUGCAGCAGAGCAAGAUCCUGAAGGUUAUUCGCAAAAACAUUGUCAAGAAGUGUCUGGAGUUGUUUGGAGAGCUGGCUGAGGACAAAGACAACUACAAGAAGUUCUAUGAGGCUUUCUCAAAGAACAUCAAGCUGGGCAUCCACGAGGACUCUCAAAACCGCAAGAAGCUGUCUGAGCUGCUGCGUUACCACAGUUCCCAGUCUGGAGAUGAGAUGACCUCCCUCACAGAGUAUCUCACUCGCAUGAAGGAAAACCAGAAGUCCAUCUACUACAUUACUGGUGAGAGCAAGGAUCAGGUGGCCAAUUCUGCCUUCGUUGAGCGUGUCCGCAAGCGUGGCUUUGAGGUCCUGUACAUGACCGAGCCCAUUGACGAGUACUGUGUCCAGCAGUUGAAGGAGUUUGACGGCAAGACAUUGGUCUCAGUCACCAAGGAAGGUCUGGAGCUGCCAGAGGAUGAGGAGGAGAAGAAAAAGAUGGAAGAAGACAAAGCAAAGUAUGAGAACCUCUGUAAACUCAUGAAGGAGAUCCUCGACAAGAAAGUUGAAAAGGUGACUGUAUCCAACAGACUGGUGUCCUCUCCCUGUUGCAUUGUAACAAGCACUUAUGGCUGGACAGCCAACAUGGAGAGGAUCAUGAAGGCCCAGGCACUCAGGGACAACUCCACCAUGGGCUACAUGAUGGCAAAGAAGCACUUGGAGAUCAACCCCGACCACCCAAUCGUGGAGACUCUCAGGCAGAAAGCAGAAGCUGACAAGAACGACAAAGCUGUGAAGGACCUCGUCAUCCUGCUGUUUGAAACUGCCCUGCUGUCAUCAGGUUUCUCCCUAGAUGACCCACAGACCCACUCCAACCGCAUUUACAGAAUGAUCAAACUAGGACUGGGUAUCGAUGACGACGAUGUUCCCACGGAGGAGGCCACUACUACAUCUGCCCCAGAAGAGAUGCCUCCCCUGGAAGGCGAUGGUGAUGAUGAUGCUUCACGCAUGGAAGAAGUUGAUUAAACUAACUUUCCCCAGAUUUCAAGCAUUUCACCCCUACUUUACCAAUAGUACAUCCUUUAAAUAUGCAGUAACUGCAAAUUUAGUCAUUCCAGUUGUGGUGUGGACCAGUGUUGCUCUUGUUGCCAGAGCAUUACACUACAAGACCCUCAAAAGCAGCUUUUGUUUGGUUUUUUUUUGCUGUAAAUUUAUGGUGGCCACACAUUGUUUUAACAAGUACCCUGUUGCACUGAGUUUUAAAUGUUGGAGUGGUAAAUGUGCUAAUACAGGAAUUUUACAUUCCUUAUUGGAUCGGUUUUGUGGGCUGGGGAGGUUCUGUUCAUGUGCAACUCUGCACGCUGCAUGGAGAGAGGACUGUACGAUUCCCUUGCCUGAGUCCAGGCUCGUCUGUAUUAAAUCGUUUUUUUUUGCAAAAAAAAUAAAGAUGUAUUACCUGA